AUGCAUCUGUCCUGGAUUCUGCUGCUGACCUCGGUGUGUGUGGCGUGUGGAGAGACCUUCCUUCCUCGUCAGUGGCAGUUUAGUGAAUUGAUCACCUGCACACAGCCGAAAGUGAAUCCAUCUAUUUACAAUGACUACGGCUGUUACUGUGGCUUUUCUGCGUCUGGCUCUCCUAAAGACCAAAUCGAUCAGUGCUGUGCAUUCCAUGAAAAGUGCUACGAGAAAAUUAGGAAACUCCCAAAAUUUUCUGGUUUCCUGAGGCGGCCAUUCUUCAAAAAGUACGACUUCAGCUGCUCUGAUAAAACCAUCAUCUGUUCAGCCUCCAAUGAUAAAUUCCGGGCUGCAGUGUGUGAGUGUGACCGAAGGGCUGCAAAAUGCAUCGCUGAUUAUCAACAUACUUACAACAACAACUACAGGAACCUUCUGAAAGACGAGUGCAAGAAAUAA